AGGAGGAAAACCAAGCAUAGAGUUAUGGAUUCCGUUUGAACCCAACAGUGAGUUUUGUUGUUAUAGAAAAAAGAUAAAAGAGAGGGAAGUGGAAGUAUAUAUUCUUUUUUCUAUAAAGGAUUUGUAAAAGGGUUGGCUUUUUGAGUAUACGCCACUUGGGUUUUAAUAAAAGGGAAGGGAGCGUCAAGGAUUGGGAAACACAGAGCUUUGAGUGAAAUAAAAAAUAUGCAGGAAACAAGGAAGAAGAAGAAUGGUGGAGCGGGUGGCAAUGAAGAUUCGAAGAAGAAGGAGCGUCAUAUCGUGACGUGGACUCAAGAGGAAGAUGAUAUACUUCGUGAACAAAUCAGUUUACAUGGAACUCAAAAUUGGGCGAUCAUUGCUUCUAAAUUCAAGGAUAAAACCACAAGGCAGUGCAGAAGGAGAUGGUACACAUACUUGAAUUCUGAUUUCAAGAAAGGAGGAUGGUCACCAGAGGAAGAUAUGCUUUUAUGUGAGGCUCAAAAAAUAUUUGGCAAUAGAUGGACAGAAAUUGCAAAGGUGGUUUCAGGCAGAACCGAUAACGCUGUUAAAAAUCGAUUCUCCACACUGUGCAAGAAGAGAGCCAAAUAUGAAGCCUUAGCCAAAGAGAACAGUAUUUCAUGUAUAAAUCCAAAUAACAAAAGAACUGUACUCGAAAACGGGUUCAAUGCAGAUGGAACAACUGAUUGUACUGCUCCUGUUAAGAGAAUGAGGAGAUCUCACAUUCCCGAUUUUGCUGAAAGUUGCAACUUUGGAGAUAGAGCACAUAGGGUAUCUGGGACAGUAAUCAAUCAGCAGCUAAGACACCCAUUUGCUGUAUUGGGUCAAAAUAUCCACAAUGCAAAUAACUUGGAGGUGCAAUCUCAAGUCAGCAAGGUCAAUGAGGUCUCUAAUGAUGCUCAGAAUUAUAGAACUCAAGGAACAUUUUUCAAAAAGGAUGAUCCUAGGAUAACUGCUUUGAUGCAGCAAGCAGAGCUGCUCAGCUCACUCGCAUUGAAGGUUAAUACAGACAAUACAGAACAAAGUAUGGAAAAUGCUUGGAAGGUCCUCCAAGAUUUUUUGAAUCAAAGUAAAGAAAAUGACACCCUGAGAUAUACAAUCUCUGAUAUUGAUUUUCAAAUCGAAGAUUUCAAAGAUUUGCUAGAGGACUUAAGGAGUAGUAAUGAGGGAAGUCAACCAUCUUGGAGGCAACCCGAUCUCUAUGAGGUGUCUCCAUCCAGCUCUGAAUAUAGCACAGGGUCAACACAGUUGCCUCGUCCGGCUGGGGAAACCGGAGAAAAAACUCAAUCAAAAAUAGAUGCACUGCACCCGGAUAUAAUUUCAAAUCAUACUGGAGAGCAGAGUUGCGGGACUGAGGAGGAAAAAAGGGCUCUUUCCUGUGCAAACACUGAUCAUGUUGAGAUAAUCUCAUCCUCAGAUGUCCAAACAAACAUGAUAGUUGCUUCUACCUCACCGAGCGCAGAGUUCAGUUCCCCAGUUCAAGUUAAUCCACUUUUCAGAUCCCUAGCAGCAGGAAUUCCCAGCCCAAAAUUUUCUGAAAGUGAAAGGAACUUCCUACUUAAGACACUCGGAAUGGAAUCCCCUUCUCCGAAUCCGGCAAAUAAUCUUUCACAGCCACCACCUUGCAAACGAGCCCUCCUCCAUAUUCUAUAAAAAAACUAUGAUCUUCUCUUAUACAGCAAUCAUAUCAGUCUAUAGUCCACAUUUCUCAUCGUUUACUCCCAUGAGCAACAUAGCUCAUUUUGAGUUAUCAUCCUUUUUUUUUCAGUCCAAGCAUUGCAGCCAUCUUGGCCUAGAAUUUUACAAGGCCUUUAAUGAUCUGCAUACCUAGCAACCUUGGCUAGAAUGUUUUGGUGCAUUCUAGCUUCUCAUACACAUCCAGUAAGAUGUCAUGAGUUUCAUUAAUUUUUCCCUCUAAUUUCCUAGAGAGUACUACCUUAAUACUCACAUUAAAACCAGUGUGUGCUUGUUAGUGUGCGUCAAUUCUUUUGUUUUUCAUCUCAUUCGAUUGGUUUCGGGUGUCUUUUAUUGCAUCUUUCAGCUCCAUUUUUUGUUCUUGUUUUGUAAUCAUGUACAGAACCUACUAUAUGAAAUCCUUAGAGUGUAAGUAAUACAUUGGCGAGUUGCCUACAUAUGAUAAAGAACAGAUGAAUUAAGGGGAAAAAAAGAAACAGAAAAUGAGGGUUAAGCCCUUGAUGUUUUUGGGUGUGCAGAGCCAGAGGGUAUAGAAUAAGUUUUUAUUUUGUGGUUUCCUAUUCUGAUUUCUGAUGUAAUGGAACUCUAUAUGAUUUGAGUGAAGAUAUGUUUUGGCUUUUGGUGUGGAA